AUGAGUGAUCCAGAGAGAAAUGAUACACAAUCUGUGCAAGGUGAAGAAGACCGUGAAGUUGGGUUGCUCUGCUUAAAGAUUAAAGACACACUGGAGGAUUUGUUCUCUGACCAGAACCUGGCAGAGGACGGAUUCCUGCUCAAGCAUGUGCAGAAGACCAAGCAGGGUUACGUCAGUCUCAAGCUUCUCACUUGUUUGAAAAAGAUAAAGGCCCUGACCACAAACUGGGGCAUGACUCUAGCAGCAGCAACGUCUUCAGACCUUCUGGAAGUGAAUGAAGAACGCACCAAAGUGAGGCGCAUAACGCCGCUUCCCAAAUGGCUGCUGUGCUCCCCUACCAGCAAGCUCCUGCUCGCCUGGAACAUUUCUGAGGAGCAAAGCAGAGAAGACGGAGCAGCCAGACACGUGGAGCAUCCUUCACUCUCAGAUAGGGUCCUGCAAAAGUUCAGCAUAUAUGGCACUGUUACUUCAGUUUGGAUCCUGCGUCCUGGUGAAGAGCUUCCCAGGGAGCUGCAAUGUUAUGCCAAACACCACAAAGAGCUUGGCCAGCAUUUAUGUGCCGUGGUCAGGUUUGAUAGUUUGGAGGCGGUUCGUGAGGCCUACAAUGCCCUGAAAGCAGAGGAGGAGAAAUGGAAAAAAGAAAAUGGGAAGGGCAUGUGUGUGGUGCCUUUGGGAUUCAAGGCAACACGUCACUUUAAUGAAGACACAUUAUCAGAAGAAAACAACAGAGACCACCUUCAGGAGAGCUCAACUUCUCAAGAACAUCCACCAGAAUUCUCCAAGGACGUACUCCAGCAGGACUCUUGUUCACCAAAUAAGGUUUCUGAUGCAACUCCACACACACAUCUGCCCCAAACAUCCUCAGAUAACUCCAUGCACAGAACCUUUGACCAGAUGUUCUCCAGCUGUGAUGGCAAGUCCUUCUCUGGUUCGAAUCAGAGGUACAGUAAGAAGAGCUGGUGCUCUGGAGACUGUGAUAAAGAGUAUUCUUGCAGCCCGUGGGUGCUCAGGCGCAAAUUAGCAGCAGAUGCUUUAAGCCCGAAGGUGACGAGGCAGCUGAACGCACCCUGGUUGAUGCAGAGAGUGCUGCGGCAGCCCUUCGGCCCUGAUGGCACCAAGGGUUUUCAUGGCAGAGCUACGGCAGCAGGAGGAGAUCAGGCUCCUUAG